GCUGUGGCCGUGAACGGAUCUGCACUCUGUGCAGCCACCAGGGGCCGCUCUCGGGCCACACUCGACUCGCCGCCUCUGCAGCAAUGAGUUUCCAGAGCUUCCGACUGCAGCCUCUCGCACCGCAGACACCCGACAAGGCGUCCGACGCAGAGUCCUCCCUGUCCCAGGCGCUGGGUGCCCGCACAGACCAACCACAGCAGCCACUGCCGAACGCGAAUGCGACCCCGAAGAAGGCCCCGUAUGGCUCAGGUGACGCGGACGAUGGGUAUACGCUCUUGUUCCCGACGAUGGCGGCGUUCCAGGAGUGGCGGCAGCGAGAGGAGGAGACGAAGAUGAUCGAGUUCGUGAAGGGCGACACGCACGGGAGCAAGGCCGUCCCGCCGCGGUUCAAGGACCACACGAAGCUCGUGUGCGCGCGGCACUCGCGCAGCGGGCGCAAGAAGUACGUGAAGAAAUAUCCGGACAGGGUGAGGAAGGUGCCGAGCAGAAAGCUCGAGGGGAUUGGCUGUCCGGCGUCGAUUAGCUACAAGACGUACUUUGACACGCCUGAAGUCAGGGCGAUGUACAUCGAGGAACACUCCCAUGAGAUCGGACUGGCUAACUUGCCCUUCACGAAACGGGGACGGAGGCAGCAAGCAGAGCACGCCCGCUCAAGAGCACGAAACGGGGACGGCACGGACGGGGGCGCGUCCUCUAGCAGCCCACCUGCCGCCCCUGCCAACCUGCAGCCCACAAACGCAGUCGCCGGCCCAUCCUCCGCCUCCACGCCGCCCGACCACGCACCACCCCCACCCCAGCCACCAGCAGGGCCGCUCUCCCACCCCUCCUUCCAAUCUGCGAUAUCCAUGCCCGCGCCGAUGCACCCCGGGAUGCCCCCGCAGGCGCACGACCUCGAGCAAGAGCGCUGGGAGCGGAUGAGCGUCCUGUUUGGGAGCAUCAGGGAUCAGGCGCGGACGUAUAGCUAUCCGGCAGCGUCGGUGGCGGCGCUGGAGGGCGUACUGAUUCGGUUGUACCUCGAGGGCCCUGUGGCUGGACUGCCGCCCCCGCCGCAUGCAAUAGGCCCCGCCAUGGAGGGGGGCAUGCCUGGGAUAAACGGGAUGGGCUGAUUUGGGAUUCUCGGGGACACUGGUGUGGAUCGUAGCCCUAUGAAUAACUUAUUGUUUUCGUUUCUUUGCUCCUCUGGUGUGACUGACAUGUAAUGAUGCACCAGUGUCCGUUGCUCACACUGACGGACUACCCCAAAAGACAGUUACGACAUAUAUAUAAUCGGUUAAUACGAUAGCUUCUCAGCUCUGCAUACGUGGUCUUUGUAUCUAGCUCUGCUCCUACAUCUUCCUGCAUGG